AUGUCCUUCAAGCUCCUGAUCGCCGCCCUCCCAGCCCUGGCAAUUGCCUGCACCGGCCCCCCAAUCAACGACAAUGGCCUCGAUCUUAUCAAGAGCUUCGAGUCCUUCCAGCCAAACGUCUACGAUGACGGUUUCGGCAAUCCCACCCUUGGCUACGGUCAUCUAUGCGGCGACUCCACUUGCUCAGAAGUGUCAUUCUCACAGCCAUUGACCGAGGAGACAGCGAGUCAAUUGCUUGCCAAUGACCUGGUGGGCUACCAAGAUGGCGUAACAAACGCACUUGCCACCGCUGUCACUCUGAACGACAACCAGUUCGCAGCCCUGGUGUCGUGGACUUUCAACGUCGGUAACGGCAACAUGGAAUCGUCCAGCCUGAUCAGCCGCAUGAAUGCCGGUGAGGAUGUGGGUACUGUGGCGUCUGAGGAGCUGCCAAAGUGGAACAAGGCCAAUGGUGGCGUUGUUGCUGGGCUGACCCGCCGCCGGGCCGAGGAGGUGGCGCUGUUUGGUGAGGCUUCUUCUACCGGGGCUUUGCCUGUCGGUUGUUAA